AAUGGUCUCUAGUAUUAUUUCACCUGUCCACGGAACCUAACCGCGCUGCAUCCCGGAGUAGUGUCGCGUCUCCCACUGAUAACACUGCAACGAUCCACCAUAUAUCAAUUUAAAAAUGUCCUCUCGAAGUCGUGUAUUCCAAGUUCAAGUUCAAUGGCUGUCGACGGUUAUCGUAAUUGCAAUGAGUGUACUGUCGGCUUCAGCGAAUGGCUCAACCAAAUGGUCCAGUCUGAUGCGUACCUUUCGGAAUGCUUCUACUCCGAUUAAUUUGGAAGCAUUUCCGGGCGAGCUGUGCAUGAGAAGCUGUGAGGACACUCGGCCGCGAGUGUGCUACUUCAACUGGGUGCUCGAACAUUACCACUCGAUGGGCCCAGCAUGUAAACGAUGCGCGGAUGGGGUUCACAGCGAUUGCUAUCACCAUGCCUGUCUCACGGCGGACGGAGUCGAACGUGGCGUGAUGUCCAUCAACCGCCAGAUACCGGGUCCAGCGAUACAGGUCUGCAAGGAUGACCUCAUAGUGGUGGACAUGACAAAUGCAAUGGGCGGAACGGCGACUGCCAUGCACUGGCAUGGACUGCAUCAGAGAGAAACUCCCCAUAUGGACGGAGUACCGUUCAUAACGCAGUGCCCCAUUGAGUUCUUGAGCACGUUCCGGUACGCCUUCUGGGCGACGGAGCCGGGAACGCAAUUUUAUCACUCGCACGCUGGUCACCACAAAGUGAACGGCCACUACGGGGCCAUGAUCAUUCGUCAACCGGAGGUGAAUGAUCCCAAUGCGAAUCUUUACGAUUUCGAUCUACCGGAUCAUUUGAUUGUGGCGUCUGACUGGAUGCACGUGGACGGUGAAAUGUUUAUGCCGGGACUGCCAAACAGCGGUGGCAUCUUGCCGGUGAAUCUGCUGAUCAAUGGACGGGGCACGUGGACGAAGGCUAACGGGCAAAGAACGAACGUCCCCCGUGAGGUGUAUCGUGUGCGAAAGGGUGGACGUUAUCGGUUCCGUUUCAUCAAUGCCGCCAGUCACAUCUGCCCCCUGGAGUUGCAGAUUGCUAACCACACACUCGAGAUUAUCGCCAGCGAUUCCUACAACUUACAGCCCAUCAGUGCCAACACGCUCGUGUCGACGUCUGGCGAGCGGUACGAUUUUGUCGUGAAUGCUGAUCAGAUAAGUGAUGACUAUAGGAUACGAGUGCGAGCCAUCGGACCAUGUGACAACCGAAGAAUCAGCCAGCUUGCCAUUUUAUCCUAUCAACCGAUGUCAGUGCCUGAAGAGGAUAUUGCUUUCCUAAACAAAACGAGUCCCGAUUUUCAUGAGUCAUUAUUUGCAGAUGAUGUGUUUGUCAACCAUCCUAAUACAACAUGUGGAGUCUCGAAACCUGAUGUUUGCAUCACAGAUUUCCAGGCAUAUGAAACCGAGGACGCGAUUAUCAAUGGUACUCCGGACAAACAAUUCGUUCUGGGGUUCGACAAUUAUCCGAUGACUUUUGAAAACGUGUUUGGAGUUAACAGUCACGAGCAUUUCAUGAACAUCCGCGGAGAUAUCGUACUCCAAGGAGUAAUCAACAAUAUCAGCUUUACGUAUCCGCCCUUCACGCUGCUCACUCAACCGGACUUAAUCACCGAGGACAUGUUCUGCACUGAAGACUACUUCCCGGAGCGGUGUCAAGGUCGGGAUCGCUGCACCUGUAUCCAUCGACUGAAAAUCCCUCUUAAAGCGCUGGUCGAGCUUUACAUUCUCGACUUGACCAGGGAAAUCAACGAUAUCAAUCACCCGUUUCACUUGCACGGAUACCAAAUGUACGUGAUGGAGAUGGGCCAGAACCGAUCGACGCCGAUCACAAUGGAGCGAGCCCAGCAGAUAGCGCGGAAGCAAUCGCUGCAACGGACACGAGUGACAACGAUGCCCCCGAAGAAGGAUACCGUAUCGAUUCCCAGUAAGGGCUAUACCCGAGUGCGCUUCCUGGCCGAUAACCCUGGAUUUUGGUUGAUGCACUGUCACUACGAGUGGCACACGGCCGUUGGGAUGGCACUGGUGGUGCAGGUUGGCGAGCCAGAGAGUUUCGUUAAGCCGCCCAAUGGGUUCCCCACGUGCAACAAAUAUACGCCAAAUGUGGAAGAGGCGCUAUUUGGAGCGUGAGGUAGCGUUUUUGGUUUCUAUUUAUUUCUGUUAUGUACUGGUUCAAUGAUCUGAAAAUACAUUUUUGUAAACUGUU